ACACGUCCGACGUUCCAGGAAGCUCCGCCCCCUCGCUUUUCCUCUGUCUCUGCUGCUGGAGGUCGUUGGAGUCACUGCAAGCCUGUGUGUACCUGUUAUCAUGUUCUCCCGUAUCGCCAGACCCGCAGCCGGAGGCCUCGUCCGAGGAUUGUCUACCAGCGCUCAGAAUCAUGCCAGGGUGGCAGUGCUUGGAGCCUCUGGGGGCAUUGGACAGCCUCUUUCCUUGCUUUUGAAGAACAGUCCUUUAAUUAGCAACCUUGCCCUCUAUGAUAUUGCUCACACACCAGGGGUCGCCGCAGAUCUGAGCCACAUUGAAACCAGAGCCAAAGUGACAGGAUACAUUGGAGCUGAACAGCUUUCAGAGAGCCUGAAAGGUGCUGAUGUUGUAGUAAUCCCUGCUGGUGUUCCCAGGAAACCUGGCAUGACCCGUGAUGAUCUGUUUAACACAAAUGCAUCUAUUGUCGCUACACUGACUGAUGCCUGUGCUAAACACUGCCCAGAAGCCAUGAUUUGCGUCAUUGCCAAUCCUGUAAACUCAACUAUUCCUAUUACUUCUGAAGUUUUUAAGAAACAUGGUGUUUACAAUCCUAACCAUAUUUUUGGUGUUACUACCCUGGACAUUGUUCGAGCCAACACAUUUGUAGCAGAGCUGAAGGGCCUGGAUCCCGCACGUGUGAAUAUUCCCGUUGUUGGUGGACAUGCUGGAAAAACUAUUAUACCUCUGAUUUCUCAGUCUACCCCCAGAGUAGAAUUUCCUCAAGACCAGUUGGAACCCCUUGUUUCCAGGAUUCAAGAAGCUGGGACAGAAGUAGUUAAAGCCAAAGCUGGAGCAGGAUCUGCAACACUGUCCAUGGCCUAUGCUGGAGCACGCUUUGUCUUUUCACUGCUGGAUGCUAUGAAUGGAAAGGAGGGCGUUGUGGAAUGCUCUUUUGUUAGAUCUGAAGAGACUGAAAGCACAUAUUUCUCAACUCCUCUGCUGCUGGGGAAAAAUGGCAUUGAGAAGAACUUUGGCUUGGGAAAACUGACUCCCUAUGAAGAGAAGCUUGUAGCUGAAGCUAUGGGAGAGUUGAAGGCCUCUAUUAAGAAGGGGGAGGAAUUUGCAAAGAACUUCAAGUGAAUCUAAAACUUGGCUUGGAAGUUGGCUUCCAUAAUUUAUUGAAGCAAGGUGACACUUUAGGAAUGUAUCCCAUAAAAUAUGCUGUGGAGAGGUCUGUAUUGCAAUAGAUGGCUUUUGCUGAAGAUUUAUUUUGCAGUAAACAAGAUAUCCUCACAGCAUAUACAAUGGGAACUCAGUAACAGCACUUACAUCCAUUGCUUUUACCAGUGAAAAGCAAAUACUGUUAGAUUUAAUUUGUGAAUUAAACAUCCUAUUCUUUCUAAUG